AUGAAGAAGGACUAUCGCAUCUCCCGCAACGUGCGCCUGGCCUGGGUGCUCAGCCGCCUGCACCAGGUGAUCCGGGCCGUGCCCGACCGAGCCCGAGCUGGUGAGUUGGUGAAGUCAGAAAACGAGCUGGAUGUGCUCAGCAUCCUGCCGAACGGGUGGCAGCCGGAUGAGCCUGUCCAGCCCAGGCCCUAUCUCCUCGUGCCCUCCACACGGGUCACCUUCCUGGCCCGCCAGUACCGAUUUGUCAUCGAGCUCGAUCUGAGCCCUUCUACAGGGAUUGUGGAUGACUCAACAGGGGAGAUAAUUUUUGAUGAAGUGUUUCACGCCCUGUCACGAUGCUUGGUGGGAUUGUUACGACCCUUUCGUAUCCCUGGUUCAGACAUUAUCUACCAGCCAGAGAUCUUUGUCACCAUCCAGGCAUAUUCCUCCAUCAUUGGCCUGCAGUCCCACCAGGUACUAUUCCAGGGCUGUCAGCUGGAUGAGACGAAGCGUGAGGCCUUUCUGCACCAAGUUUACACACAGCUAUGUGCCUUUGAGAACAAAGUGGCAGAGAUGCUCCAGCAACAGUAUGAACCCAAACCGCAGGUGGAUUUGUCACCCCUGAGCCAAGAGGGCCCUGGUGAUGUGCAGGAGUCAUCUGGGAGGAAGCCCAGUGUGUCUGUUGUCACUGCCGACGUUGGCCUGGUCAGCAUGGUCCGGCAAGGGAUCCUGGCGCUGCAGCUCCUGCCCUCCAACUCCAGCGCAGGCAUAAUAAUAAUUACGGAUGGUGUGACUAGUGUCCCUGAUGUAGCUGUGUGCGAGACUUUACUGAACCAGCUGCGCAGUGGCACAGUGGCCUGCUCCUUUGUGCAGGUGGGAGGUGUCUACUCAUAUGAUUGCAGCUUUGGCCACGUUCCCAAUGUAGAGCUGAUGAAAUUCAUUGCCAUGGCCACUUUUGGUGCUUACCUCUCCACAUGCCCUGAGCUGGAUCCCCUGAGCCUGGAUCUGAACGUGUAUCACAAGGCAUUUCUGCUGUACUCCUUUCUGCGUACUGGGGAGUCCCUGAAUCCAGAGUAUUACUGCGUGUCCCAGCACAGACUGUUCAAUGAGCACCUGGUGUCUGCAAGCAGCAACCCUGCGCUGGCGAUGCGGAGGAAGAAGCACACUGAGAAGGAGGUGCAUGCUGACCUCGUGAGCAUCGUUUCGGUUCGGCUGCGCGAGGGCUACAGCAUCCGUGAGGUCAACAUCACAAAAGGUGGGUCUCAGCUGGAGGUAAAAUUAGUGCUGCUUUGGAAGCAUAACAUGAGGAUUGAGUAUUUGGCUGUGACACCCUGGCCCCUGGACCCAUCAAAGCGCAGCACAUGGGUGGAAGUGACCAUGGAGGGAAGCUAUGACAUUUUGCAUGACAUCAGUUGCACCAUGAGGAAACCUAUCACCAGUCUGUACCGCACUACAGUCAUCCGGCGCUUCUGGAACACCUUGCAGAGCAUCAACCAGACAGAUCAGAUGCUGGUUCAUCUGCAGUCUUUUGAUACAGUCCCAGAACACUUCACCAUUCCUGAGAGCACCAAGAAUGGGGUGCCCCUCUUCUACAUCCCCCCAGGCUCCACCACUCCGGUGCUAUCCCUGCAGCACAGUGGGUCUGACUCGAGCCAUUCCCAGUUUGCCUCCUACUGGAAGCCUAUCCUUUCCAUGGAUGCCAACUUCUGGCAGAGGUGGCUGCACAUGCAUCGUAUAGUCAUCCUUCUGGAGCAUGACACGCCUGUGCCCAAGCACCUGCACACACCAGGCAAUAAUGGUCGCUACAGCACCAUCCAGUGCCGCAUCUCCCACUCGGCACUCACCUCCCUGCUCCGGGACUGGAGCAGCUUUGUGCUGGUCGAGGGCUACUCCUACGUCAAGCUGAUACACGGCUCUGAGGACCUUACACCUUCCUCAUUUUAUGUGGUACGGAUCAUCUCCAAAGCUCCCUGCAUGGUUCUCCGGCUGGGGUUCCCCAUUGGCACACCUGCACAGGCCAGGAACAAGAUAGUGGAGGAGUUACGGGACCGCAUCUUGCAGCUGCGCUUUCCCCACAGGGUCCAGAGCAAGGAGGCAACUCCAAAAGCAAAGAGGAAAAUGUUUGGCAGUAGUUCUCCCUCCAAGUCUCCACCUGUGGCUGGGGCCCAGUCAGCCCUCUCAGACAGACCUUGCCUUGUUGUGCUGCACAAACCAUUGGAGAAGCUGCUCAUCAGGUAUGAGAAGCUGCCUUCUGACUAUCGAGCCCCCUUUAUUCUCAACCUGGAGCACCCCCCGGUGUCUGGUCCACUCACUAUGGUGGCCAAUCGUACUGCCUCGUCCACCCUGGCCUCGCUGUCCCGCUACUUCUAUCACCAGCGUUGGAUCUGGAGUGUUCAGUCGGGGCUGGCACCAGCUGUGCCUAUCACUGCUGUAGCCCAGCUCCUGUCCACACUCACAGAGGUUCGUCUGUCAGAGGGUUUCCACUUUGCAUCCAGUGGGGAUGGAAUUAUCAACAUGGUGCUGGAGCUGCCCAUACAGAUCGACAGCUCAAGCGAGAGCAGCAGUGACAGGGAGAAGCACACCUGUGUCGUCCAAUACAUCCUCUUCCCGCCCCACUCCACCUCCACCAAAGACAGCUUUUCCACAGAUGAUGACAAUGAUACAGAGGUAGAGGCCAUUGAGGUGGACACAGAACUGAACCUGGUCACUGAGUGCUGGGUAGAGCCACAGAGUGGCCAUGUCCACAGUACUGCUGAGAACUGGAAGCACCUCCAUGGCUUGCCCUAUCAGAAAAUCCCUAAAGCACUCUAUCCCCGGGAUCUUGCGUGCAUUGCCACCAUGCUGACCUUUGAGUACAUCAGCCAGUUGUGCCAGAACAAGGAGUGGGUCUGCCCUCCUUCAGACACCAAAGUUGCUGAAGAUCCAGACAUGGGGGCUGGUUUUCGAGUGCAUGAGAUCCCAUUCCAGUUCAACCUCAUGAAGCUCUUGCCCAGGUGCCAGCAGGUUGAAAUGUUCUUCCUAAUGCUGACAAAAGCAGAGAAUGAGGAGGUGACCAAGGACUCUUCAUUUGUGCCCAACGAAAUGCUACUAAACCUCUUCCAUGGCUGCCUACAGCAUGACCUCAGUGACCGGGAGAUCCCCAUGGCUGAUGCUGAUCAUGUGGCUUUCAUGGAGCAGGUUCUGCAAAGGGAUCGUGAUGGCCAUCAACCCCCUUUCACACUCCCUGUGAUCAGAGAAGAAACCCUGAAAGCCUCUGGGACCCUGGAGCAGCAGGAUACUUCUGCAUCCUAUCAUCUUGUUGGCAGCAAUGGCACGAGGGAUAUGACUGGCUCCACAAGUACUCUGCAGAGCCUUGGCAACACAGAGCUGCCCGAGGAUGACGUGACCCUGAGUGACACAACGGGGCCCUUUCCCCCUCAGUGGCGAUGUUACGCCAAGCUGGUCAACCCGCAGCAUGUGUUCCUGACCUUCCUGCCAGCCACCUUCUCAGAUGUACAGAAGCUAAUGGCUUGUGGGUUGGACAAACCUCCAAAAGAUGAGAGUCGAUCUGGAGAGGAUACUCUGGGACGUGUCUCUGCAGAGCAAGUCAGGGCUGAAGAAGGGGAUGCUGCAGUGCCAUUACCUACCCUCAGCAUAACACCAGCCCAUGAAGUGAGCCGUGACCCUGGAGAACAGAGUGGCCCCUCGCGGAGAGAUGUGCACAUCUCCUUCUGUCGCCAGAACUCACAAUCUGAACUAGGCGAGUGCCGCCGAUUUCGCUGCCCCAUUUACAUCUACAGCUGCUCUUUGGAGAUGUUACGAGAGCAGCUGGUCAGCCCACGGGCACACCGUCCUCCUCGGGACAUCUUUUUCAGGUCCCAGUCUCUGGAACGUCCUCCAACUGCUGCUUGGCUAGACCACAAGCAUAAGGAGUUGGUGAGUUACUGCACGCUGCUGCAGGAGCACUCCCACCAGUGCUAUGUGAAAGGGCUGUUCAAGAGCCUUCAGCAGUCACACAGCAUCAGCUCCCAGGACCUACUUACUGCCAUGGACUACUGUGAGGAGCUGCUCCAAGAGAUUGAUAUCACCAACUUUCUGCUGACGGUGUGCAGCCAUGUCCGCUCAUUCCGAGAGAGCCACCAACAUUUCCAUACGCACUCCAAGACAGCCAGCUUCCACGUGGGCAGCAUAGAGCAAGAAGAGGAACAGAGCUCUAGGGAACGAGGUGUCUUGGUCUCUGAAUCAAGUGCGGAAAUGGAGGACUACAGUGAGCAGGACUCCCACACCAUUGCUAGCCCCACAGAGGAGCCAAAAAGCAGUAUGGGCACCAGCUGCUGUUCAGAGUUUCCCCUCUCGCUGCUGGAAAUUGGACAGCCCUGCCAGGCACACCCAGACUUGCAUAAAAUUAUCCAGGAAAAAUUCCUGGAAAUUGGAAGUUUACAUUUCAAGCCGGUGCCAUCAAAUCCUCAUUAUUUCUUCUAUUGCCCACCAUCAGCCAAGAAAGAGGAAGAGGCAUCUCGGGAUCAGGCAGACAGGAAAGGCAGUGAGGACAUGGAGGGAUCAGAGGCAGAACUGGCAGCUGAAGAAGGAACUGUGUCUGGAUGCUGCAUUGCCACAGAGAGUGACCCAGAGCUGGAGGUGGAGUACCGUGAGAAGCUGGAGCAUGAGUUCCCAGACACAGAUUCCCUCUCAGACUCCAACACAGUGAACCAGGAUGAUGACUCCUUCAGUGUGCUGGGAGGGGACUCACUCAAUGAGCAGGAGUUCCUGGAGCAGGAGAUGCCUCCGCUCUUUGUGCACCUUACCUGCUCAGUGAAGCUGCGUAGCCAGCACAGCUCCAUGCCCGUGCAGUCCCUGCCAACUUGUCUAGGGGAAGUUCUGGGCUGCCUGGAAAGCUGUCAGGGCUUGAAUACCAUUGACUUGGGGGACCUCUGUGUGACCCUGGACAUCUUUGUGCUGACACUGCCUCUGGAGAUAGAAGUUGUGAACACAGACAUUCUCCACAACAGAUGCACCUCAGAGAGCAGUGUGUCCUUCACACGCUCUCCAGGACAACCAUCCUCUUUCCGCUCAGAUGAGGAUAUCAUGCACAACUUGGAACGUCUCCCGUCUACAGGAGAUGAGAGGCACCCUGCCCUUUCCAACCUUCCUGGUGUGCACAGACAGGCUGUUGAAGCCACUAUGAAUGAGAUUCGCUGGCUCCUGGAUGAUGAGAUUGUGUCAGCGCUGCGGCACUCACAGGUCAUCAGCACCUCCAUCCUGCACCGGGUGGCCACCCACAUCUAUAACUCCAAGGGCCGGCCCAGCUGCCACAGCGAGGUGGUGCUACUGCAGUUUGUCUUUGGGCCUGAGCACUCUCUAGAGAAGUUCAAGGAGGAGUUCAGAAGAAUGGCUCUGCCAGGCUACAUGCUUAACGCAGAAGGCAACGACUACCACUACAUCUCCAUCAGCCGCCUGCACUCCAGGCGGGCAGCUCCAGACCCUUCGGGGACACCCUGCUUGCAGCAGCCAGCUGGAGGGGGCACCAGGACAGCCCUGGGCCAGGCAGGCCAGGAGGGGAGCAGUGAAACAGAGGCAGAGGGCUCUGAGCUGUUACACCAUACAGGCUGUGUUCUCCCAGAAGAAGCCCAGGGUCUUUGGGAGUGGCCAGAGAGUGAGACAUGCAUUGUGCCAGACACAGGAAACCCUGCAGGUGGAGUCAGCCACACACAAGAUGAGGUUCCAGGAGAUGUGCUGAGACUUGAACAAAGCAAAGCACCAGGCCAUGACUCGCUGGAGGAGGCAGCUCCAGAGACAACUGUACAGUCAUUGCCAUCCUCAUCCUCUGAAAAGGGCAACAGUGAGAAAUCACCAUUGGUGACACCAUCUGCAGCAAGCCUGACUGACUCUGUAACACAGGGCAGGGAAGGCUCCAGCAAGCAGCGUCCCAGCCGUGUGCAGAGCCUUGUGUCAAGCCAGGGGAGCAUGGACUCUGACCAUCUGGGUUACGAUGGGGGAAGCAGUGACUCGGAGUAUGAGGAGGCAUUAAUGAGCGACCAGGAGCCCAGGUGUCCCCUUAUGCCAGAUUUCUGGCUCAUCAUAAAAAUCCAUCAGGACCGAGUGGAGGUGUAUUACCACACACGCCUGAGUGUGGAGAAGGCAGCAUCAGCAGAGACAGAAGAGGAGCAGCCAGGGGAGUGCCAGAGUCUCAACCAGGUGGUGGUGAAGAAGAUCAGUGAAAUCUGCAGGGUUGUCAAUCAGCGCUUGCUGCUGCAGGACCUGCAUGACAGCCACAUAUGCAACUCAUUACUGGUGGCAGAAAGUGAGGAGGACAUCUGGAAGAGUGAAACGCCCUAUACUUCAUACAGGCAGCGCGUCAUGCCCACAGAUGAUUACUCUGUAGAGGAGAGCUACCAACCUCGGGACUACCUGGCUGCCACCAUGCAGUUCAUGCCAGGGCACUUUGCUUGUGACGUUGUGUGGAGCACACUCAUCCACGUGCAUUCACGCCUCAAGAUGGGCCCCAACAUGGGAGUCUCACGAGCUAUCCAGGCGCUUCGCUCAGUGCUCAACGCCUUCUCUGUGGUGAACAGGAAGAAUAUGUUUGUCUACCAAGAACGUGCCACUAAAUCUGUUUUCUACCUCCGGCUGACUGAAACCACCUACAGUGGGAAGGUGUGGGAGGCAGAGAGCAGCCUUUGUCCAGCAUCUCGCUCACUGGCACUGACACGCAGCCAGGAGCCCAUUUACACCGAGGAUCUAAUGGGUUCUCGUUCCUCUCUGGACACAGCCUCAUGCCGUAGUGUGGACUCUGCCCGCCCCGUGGGACAGAUAGACAGGCACAUCCAGCUGAUGGUUCAUGGUGUUGCCCCAGCAGGGCCUGAGAUCACAGACGAGCUGGUGAAAGUGCUGCGCAGACGCCUGGAUGAGGCCACCCUGGAUAUCAUCACUGUGAUGCUGGUGCGGAACUGCAAGCUGACCCCAGCAGAUGUGGAGUUUAUCCAGCCCCCUGGGACGCCACCCACAGAGGUCCUGCAGUUCACACUGCCGCCCUCCGCCCUGCCUUGGCUGCAUGCUGUGGCCUACUACCUGCGCCAGAACCUGCUCAUCUUCCUUCACACCCCGAAGUACACCGACAGCAAUGUGGAGCAUCACUUCAAGCACUACUUCAACCACAAUGGAAGCAUCCCUGACCAGGAUCUCUAUCUCUACAACAAGCCAGGUGGCCAAGGCACUGGUGGAAAAGGAAUCGCGUGUAUUGCACUGACAUUUGUGGAUGAGCAUGGCAGCCCCACCUUGCUGCCCCACUGGGAGAGGCCUGACCCUCUGAAGCUGCCUUCCUCCUCCCCCGUCGUGGGCCUGCUGCAGGACACCGACUUUGAAAGCCUCACUGCGGUCAGCAGGCACCAGCCAGAGGCUGACACCCUGCCUGCAGAGCCCUGCGUGCUGGUGCGCCUGGAUAUCUGGGAAAAGGGCAACAUCAGCCUGCUGCAGCUGUCGGAGAAGCUGCGCGGGGCCCUGCGUCAUGCUCUCUGUGAUGCCGUCAUGGAGUUCCUUGUGCUGCCAGCCCCGCUCUGCAUGGAAGCUGCCUGCCCCUUGAGUGCUGCAGACCUGGAGGACCUGAGCUCUCCAGGAGGCCUAAGGAGGACCAUGUCAGAGACCAAGGGCCUGGCCCUGGCCAGUGGUGGGGCUGGCAGGAGCUGUCCUCCACCCUUGCACUUCACCUCUGCCCCUUCGCCCAGCUCUGGAGAGCCAGUGACACCCACGAGCAAGCUGACACGCCGCAGCUUGUGGGACAUGCUGAGCAAGGCAGAGCCCUCGGAGCUGGGCAGCCCCAAGACUACCGAUGACAUUGUGCUGGAGAGGCCAGAAGAGGCUCGCACGAGGCGGCGGCCCAAGACUGAGAAUGUCAAACAGCACCUGAGCCAGGAUCGGGCCACAGCCACAGCUGAACUGGAACAGGCACAGAGGCGCCGAGCCUGCCAGUUGGAAGAAGGGGAUGUAGGUACCAUGCACCCGCUCUUCAAUCAAACCUGCCAGCAGUGGAUGUCAUUCAUGAACCACCUGGGGUGCCCAUCAGUGCAGCAGUGCUCAUUGGAGAUGGUUUCCCGUUUCCUCCUGUCCUCCAUCCUAGUAGAAGUGGUGAACCUGGUCACUGCUCUGGCGAGCGACACCACUGUCAAGGUGUUUGAGCAGAUCUGCUAUCAUCGGGGCACUGCCUUCCUGCCGUAUAAGCCUGGCCAGAGUUCCAGCCCUCGCCCUGCAGCUGUCAGGCACUUCAUCCUGCUGGGACGCAACUUCCAGCAGUGGCGUUGCAGCACAGAACAGGCUCACAAAGGGCUCCAGCGCUUUGAGGCCAUGGAGCUCAGCUCGGCAGAGAGAGGCUCUGAUCCCAGCCUUGUUGGUCGAGACCUGGUGCCCCGGCAAAGAUUCCUCUUCAUGGAGAUCAUUGACAAAAAGCUGACACUCUACACCUACAACUGGUCCCCAGACCUGGGGGCAAACCUGAACUGCUCCCUGACUCGCCUGUUGCAGUGGCAGAAUGCCCGGUCCCACAUCGUGCACUGCCUGCUCAGCCAGAAGAUGGGACUCUUCCACCACCACUGUUUCAUGGACACACCAUGGCAUGAGGACAGCAAGCAGGAGCCAAAUCCUUUCCUGAACUCCACUUUGGAGGUGGAUGCACUGAUCCGGAGCUCCUGUCCCCCACCUAGCAAGGAGCAAGGCCGGCUGAGCAGCUCUGCCCGCAGUCUGCCAUCUCUGCACUUCCAUCCCGAUGUGGUGCCCUUUGAUGAAGCUCUGCGGGAUGUUACCACCAUCAAGCGCAUACCCCAUGGGCCUGACUCGGGACCUUUCGACCCUGUGGCUUGGCAUGGGGCCCAGUUCCUGGAAAUCAAGAGCAUGGAAAGGAAAGAACUGGAAAAACAGAUGAAGAUCGAAAAUCUCUUUGUUACCUGGCAGCAGAGAUCAGCGCAGUCCAACAUGCCUAUCAGUCUGGCAGACCUGGAGACCCUGAAGCAGUCCUCACGCCUGGUUCACUACUGUGCUACCCCCUUGCUCUUUGACCCAGCCUUCCGGCAGCAAAUCCAGACUGACCAGCUGGGCAAGGUAGAGGGAAAGAAGCGCCACCGCUCAAAUGACUCUACAGCUUCAGGAAGAGACCGCAGCCACAGCUGUGACUCUGCAGAAGCACUGCCCUGCAAGGUGAAGGAGGAGCCUUGGCUGCAGGAGAUGUGCAAUACCUUCUUGCAGCAAUACAUCCAGUACCUGCAGAGUAUGGGCUUCAUUCUGGUCCAGGUGCGGCCACCCUCACCUACCACUCGCAGUAGCACAAGCCGGAUCCGAGCUCUGGCAGCAAUGGGUGUGGAGGGAAGAGGGUCCUUUUCCUACACGAAGCCGAAAACAGAAGGGAGUCCAAAGAGCACAAGCCCUGCUGUUGCCACCUACCAUCUACAGAGAGCUCUUCCAGGUGGGAUUGUACUCAUGGAGUUGGCCUUCCAGGGCUGUUACUUCUGUGUGAAGCAGUAUGCGCUGGAGUGCUCGCGGAUCCCCAUGGGCCAGUCUGUGAACUCUCAGCUCUCUAUGCUCUUCACAGAGGAGUGUGACAAGGUGCGGGAUCUCAUGCAUGUGCAUUCAUUCAGCUACGACUUCCACUUGCGUAUAGUCCACCAGUAUCUGCUGGGCUCCCACAUGACUCUUCGCCAAGGCUACCAUCUCACCAGCUUCCUGGAGGAUUUCAUUGCCCACCACCCUGACAUUCCCAAAUUUGGCCGCAACCACGUUUUCCAGGGCACACUGGCCCUGCCCACCAACAUGAUCACUGCACACCAGCUGUACAACUACAUCGCUGACCACGCCAACACCUACCACAUGAAACCCUUGCGCAUGGCCCGUCCGGCCACGGGCAGUGACAACAAGAAGGGAACACCGGGCACAGAGCAGAAUGAAUAUGCACUGGUCUCUAUUUGGAACAGCUCGGGCUCCUACAAGGACUCUGAAGGUCUACGUCAUCAUGAUGACUUCGAUGUGUCCCUUCUGGUGUGUCACAGUGCAGCACCAUUUGAGGAGCAGAGUGAGGCAGAGAGACGCAUGCUCCGUUUGCGCUUCUACGUCAUCAUGACUAGCCAGCGGGAGCUCUUUCCCCGGCUCACAGCCGAUAUGCGACGGUUCAAGAAGCUGCCGCGCUUGCAGCGGGAAGUGCUGGAGCCUGUGGUGGGCCGAGCGGCCUGGGAGGCAGCAGAGCCAGAGACGAGCGUGGGGCGGCAGCUGCCAGCAGAGCGGGAGCUGUGGCAGGAUGUGGAGGACAGCAGUGAGUUCUACCUGGCCUCUGAGGUGGCCUCAGCCCAGAAGCAGCUCAGCAGCAUGGUGCAGCUGGCCAAGUGCCACUGCCGCAGGGACAACCUCUGGAAGCGUCUUUUCCUUCUGGAGCCUCUGGCUUCUGACAAGCUGAAGCUGGGCAAGCUCUCACUGGUGGAGCUGGAGGAGCUGCUCGACGCUGUGCAUGGAAAAUCCAUUGCGGACGUCGACCCCCAGCUGGAAUGCUUCCUCACUAUGACAGUUUCUUGGUACCAGAGCCUCAUCAAAGUGCUGUUGAGCCGCUUUCCUCAGAGCUGUCGGCACUUCCACAAUGCUGAAACUGGCACCCAGUAUCUGGUCGUGCUCAACCAGAAGUUCACAGAUUGCUUCGUUCUUGUGUUUCUCGAUUCUCAUUCAGGAAAGACAAGCCUCACUGUGGUUUUCCGGGAGCCGUUCCCAGUGCAGCCCCAGAACAGCGAGAGUCCUCUGCCACAGCUUGUGUCCACAUACCACCACCUGGAGUCAGUUAUCAACACUGCCUGCUUCAACCUCUGGACGGGCCUGCUCUAG